AUGAAAAGUCACAAACGUGAGCACAGUGAGUCUCAUGUGCCCUUGCGAAAAACGUCAGUUGAAAGCCGAUCUCAACAAAUCGAAUGCCAGCCAUCGAAUGGCUCGGCUCAGAACGCCUCCUUGAUGCAAACCAUGUCUCUAGACCCUGAGGGGAGUACAACUGAAGCAAGACCAAACAAGGUGGGUGGUUUUUGAACAGGAUUUACAUGUUUUUAUUCUCUGGUAAACAUGUUUUGAAAUGUUUGUUUUGAUCACCCGUUGUAUAUAAAACUAAUGUGAUUUAAAAUUUGUUAUUCGAAAUGUCUAAAAGUGAUCUUGUUCAGAGAUGGCGGAACGAACUGAUCAAGACCGUGAUCGCUUUCUAUUGUCUGAUGCUGGCGGCAUUUUUGAAUUUCUUUUUACUAACGGUGAUUCACGAUAUUGUACCGCUCAAGACCACUAAACGGCUGCCGGAUCUAGUCUUUUUUAUGGUCAAUCAGCAAAGAUGGGCGUGGGCUGUUGGUGAUGUACUGUCCACUGUGAAGUAAGUUUUUAAUAAUAAUAAAAUUAAAGUAUAAUAAUUUUUGGCGUUAAAUAGUAUCUUUAAUACAAACUUUUAGCGCUAUUGUUGGAUUUAUUGUGGUCUUAUUACACAAGGAGAGAAUAGUCGUGAUCAGACGCGUGUUCUUAAUCGGAGCUAUCAUGUACGGGUUGAGAGCUGUUGUGCUCAGUGUAACAUUCUUGCCUCCAGCGUUUGAUUACCAUGAAGAAAUAUGCAUGCCACAGUCUAAUCGAACGGGAAUGUACGCAUCAGAGAUCACCGCACGGUGAGAAUGUUUUUUAAAUUAUCUUAUCUUUUAGGUUCGUUACCUAUGUUGUGACACUUGGACUAACAUCUGGUCAAGAUAAAAUUUUGUGUGGAGAUUUAAUGUUCAGUGGGCACACAGUCGUUCUUACAAUAAUGUACUUUACUCAACUACAAUAUUCACCCCGAGGACUGGUGGUGUUGAGGUUGGUUUUUGAAACUUUUAAAGAGUUUAACUGUACUGUUUAGCAAUGUCUUUUGCAGAGUAUACAGAUUGCUAUGUUAUAUAUAAGCAUAACAAUUUAUAGGUAUAUUGCUACGCCUAUUACUUUCCUGGGCAUAGCGGCGUUAGUUGUGUCUGGAGGGCAUUACACUAUGGACGUCCUAAUUGCCUAUUGGCUGACGUCCCACGUGUUCUGGAGUUAUCAUCAAAUGUUUGAGUUAACUCAUGAACAACGUGCCCAAGCCCCGUUAUCGCGGCUUUGGUGGUUUUGGCUGUGUUAUUGGUUUGAAAACGACGUUAAUGCAGGUCCGAUGAAGAACGAGUGGAAUUGGCCGCUUCCUGGGCCUCAAUUCAUGCACAAUAUCAUACGCUUAAUGAACACCAAAUUGCAAUAG